AUGACGCCUCCAAGUACGACCACACGCCCAUUACCACGCCUUCAAGAACGACCACACGCCCAUUACCACGCCUUCAAGUAUUACCACACGCCCACUACCACGCCUUCAAUACGACCACACGCCCAUUACCACGCCUUCAAGAACGACCACACGCCCAUUACCAGCCUCAAGUAUGACCACGCCCACUACCACGCCUUCAAGAUGACCCACGCGUUCACUACCACGCCUUCUAGUAUGACCACACGCCCACUACCACGCCUUCAAGUAGGACCCACACGCUCACACCACGCCUCUAAAGGUCGCCGCGUCCAUCCCCCGUGGCUGGCCGACGUGCCGAGUCAACUGCCACGGGGACACCACCACCACCAGCAGACUCCAGCGGGGGAGACGACGGGGCAACCCUGGCCGGCCCCGUACCCCAGAGCCCCCUAG